AGACAAAGUCCUAAAGCAUAGUUUUGAGGACUAAUUGAGAAUUCUGUGGUCCCGCCGCCAUGCCUUCCCUUCCCACUUUGAACAGCCUGGGGAAACUCUGCGGAUCUGGACGCAGUCAGCAAGUGGAUCGCACCCGGAUCAAACGCACAAACUCUGUAAAACGCAUAUCUGUCAUAGAGGACGGACGGGUGGCAGAAGUGCUGUACCUCGUCCCGAAAGAGUCUGUGAUGCAGCAGCUGCCGUUCAUCAACCCUGAAGACUAUUACCUGACUGAGAGCCUGUCACCUGUGGCCCAUGCACAGGAAGCUCACCAACAGACGGAGAAGCCUUUGAUACGCUGUGCUAAAUGUGGGGAGGUGUGCAAGGGAGAGGUGUUACGAGUGCAGGCCAAACAUUUCCACAUCAAGUGCUUCACAUGCAAAGUAUGUGGUUGCGAUCUGGCUAAGGGAGGAUUCUUCAUGAAGAAUGGAGACUAUCUGUGCACUCUGGACUACCAGCGCAUCCACGGCACCUGCUGUAACAUCUGUGGAGAGAUUGUGGAAGGGGAGGUGGUGACUGCACUCGGGAAGACCUACCACCCAAAAUGCUUUGUGUGCACAAUCUGCAAGAGACCAUUUCCUGCUGGAGACAGAGUGACGUUCAAUGGCAAGGACUGUCUGUGUCAGUACUGCGCAGAGCCCAUGUCUCCAGGACCCACCAAAGAUGCUGUGGGACCCAGCAGUUGUGCGGGCUGUGGCAGAGAUAUUAAGAACGGUCAGGCUCUGUUGGCUCUAGAGAGUCAGUGGCAUUUGGGCUGUUUUAAAUGCAAGGCCUGUGCCAAAGUAUUGACUGGGGAAUACAUCAGCAAAGAUGGCACCCCCUACUGUGAGCGUGAUUAUCAGCUCUUGUUUGGAGUGCAGUGUGAAGCAUGUCAGCAGUUCAUCACUGGGAAGGUCCUGGAGGCUGGAGACAAGCACUACCACCCCAGCUGUGCUCGCUGUAGCAGGUGUAACCAGAUGUUCACUGAAGGAGAGGAGAUGUACCUGCAAGGAUCAACAGUUUGGCAUCCAGGCUGUAAACAUUCGCCCAGAGGCGAGGAGAGACAGAGGCCGACACGCUCGUCGUCCGAGAGUAUAUGUUCCAGACCUGGUUCAAGCAUACCUAGCUCACCGGGUCACACCAUUUAUGCAAAAGUAGACAAUGAGAUCCUUGAUUACAGGGAUUUAGCAGCCAUUCCCAAGGUCAAAGCCAUUUAUGACAUUGAGCGUCCAGAUCUAAUCAACUAUGAGCCACUUUACACCACCUCACUGGAUGAGUCAGAGGAGAGAGAGAGUGUGGGAGAGCUGCAGAGCUCCAGGAGAGAGUGUUCGCCUAUGCUAGAAGACAGAACCAGGUCACCCACACCAACUGCUGAGGGUUACUACGAGAUGCGAGAACGAAUACUCCAUCGGUCAACAAGUCAAGGCUCCAUUGGCUCGCCCAUUUACAGCCGCCACAAUUACACUCCCACCCUGUCACGCUCCCCACAGCACUUCCACAGACCCGAUCAAGGAGUAAACAUCUACAGAAAACCCCCUAUCUACAAACAGCAUGAUUCAGCUGCCUUUGCAGCCCAAAGCAAGUCUGCUGAUGACAUCAUCAAAUCGGCCAAAUUCCCCUCAGCGUACACCCCUGGUCCAGACUACCCAGCAAAGAUCGAGACAGACUGCUGGUCCUUCCCGAUCUUCCAUGCUGCCCUAGGAACCGACGGGAGGAGAAGGUCAAGAGAGGAGGAUGAGGAGGAGCUCCAGAAACGCAGACAGAUUCAGGAGGAACAUCUCAACAAGAUCCAAUCUGGUUUGGGGAAAAUGAUUCUUAAGGAGGAGAUGGAGAAAGAGAUGAUCCGAGAGCAUCAUGCACGGAGCCUGUCAGCACAGCGCUACGAACAUGGAAGCAAUAGAAAUUCACCCUCUAAAACAGGCUCAUUGCCUGGAUAUGGGCGUAUUGGACUGCAUCGGCCUCAGUCGACUGAUUUCACUCAGUAUAACAGUUAUGGAGAUGUAUGUGGUGGGAUGAGAGAGUUUCAGCCCAUGCAUGAUGGCCACCGUCCAGCCUCCAGAAUGGACAGAGGAGUGUCUAUGCCCAACAUGCUGGAACCAAAAGUAUAUCCAUAUGAAAUGCUUGUGGUAACCAGCCGCAGUCGCUCCAAACUGCCCAGAGAUGUGGACAGAACCAGACUAGAGCGCCAUCUGUCUCCGGAGACGUUCUUUGAAAUCUUUGGGAUGGCAAUUCAGGAAUUCGACAGGUUACCUCUGUGGAAACGGAAUGAACUGAAGAAGAAAGCCAGACUCUUCUAACGUCUGCACACACUCACAUGAUGUAUCAUCCAGCUGUUUACUCCCCUUCUGUUAUUUCUUGCAUAUGAUGUCAGUUUAUAAAGAACAGAGGGUCUAAACAUCUCAAAAUUCUCAAAUCUCUCUCUCUCUCUUUCUCUCUCUUUGUCUCUGUCGCUUUAACUUCCUCUCUUCCAGAAAUAAGUCUUCCUCUCUUUGUUCUUUGUUUCUUCUUGGAUAUCUUUGUAAAUCAUGUUCAUGCAGGUCGGAUUAUCCAAACCUUUGUAAAUUUGCAGUUAUAAUCCUCUUAAUUCUGUUCCAGUAAAGACUCCUCCAUUUGCGUCACUUUUGGUUCAGGGAGGGAUUGUAGAUGCUACGCUGUGUCUUUGUACCUGUUCAUGUAUGCAUACAAAGAGACUCCAUACUAGCAUAUAUCCAUGUAUUCACCCUUAGCUACUCUACCAGACUCCAGUUAACAUCUGUUAAUUAAAGGUCAGGUGUUUCAUUUCUGUGCCAAUAGAAUUGAAAAAUGAUUGUUCGCUGUUGAACACAUGUCCAUCAGUCAAACCCACAUCAUUGGUUACUGGCUUCUCAAACUGGUCAUUUUUCCAUUUGGUGCCACUAAUUGUUCAGAGGUGACACACUUCACCUUUAUGCUUUCUGAUACUGAUUAAACUGUUGAAUCGAUGCUGAUGUCCCUAUAUAUUGUAUAUUUAAUAAUAUUAUGCAGAGGUAAAGUAAUAAUGAACUGCAUUUGAUUUUUUUUAAGAGUGAAUACUUACACUGCCAAUCUAUUGUAUUUCAAUUGUAUUUCUGAGUAAAGGGCAAUAUCUCAACGUGCAACUCUCAGUAAAAACCAAAGGCAUUACAAGAGAACAGGCUCUGUGAGAGCGGUAGUCUACAGCUGUUUUUUGUUUCAUCGCAUUGGGUCCUAUUUCUUUAGAGAGAACUGGAUACAGUGAAUUAUUAGCUGGACCAAAUCAGUUAAUUCAGAUGAAAACGUUAUCAUUAAACACCAUGAUACAUUGACAGGUUUGAAUAAAAUUUGGGGAAACAGA